GUUGGUGUCACGAAAGGCGGAACGGAUUUGUCCUCUAUUUUUCUGUCAACCUCCUCUGCAGGACCGUCGGCGUCCGCGGCUGAUUUCCCCUCGCUAGUCCUCACAUUUCGGGUCCCGACAGCUUUAAACGAUGGCUGGUACUUUAGCCCGCAAGGCCGUGGAUCAUCUCCGCAGUAAGGAGUUCAGGGAGUAUCUGAUGAGCACACACUUCUGGGGUCCGGUAGCGAACUGGGGGCUGCCCAUUGCUGCGAUCUCUGACAUGAAGAAGAGUCCAGAGAUUAUCAGUGGAAGAAUGACCUUUGCUCUCGUCUGCUACUCGCUGCUGUUCAUGAGGUUCGCCUACAAAGUGCAGCCCAGGAACUGGCUCCUGUUCGCCUGUCACCUCACCAACGAAUCGGCACAGCUCAUCCAGGGAGGGAGGCUCAUCAAGUACAACAUGGGGAAGAAGGAGGCCAAAUGAUGAGCAGCCGUGGAGCAUGGAGCAUUUCUGGGACUCGUGGCUCUCCGACGCCAUAUUUUAGGGGAUGUUCACACAACACAACACUUUACUGAUUACUGGCAGAAAUAUUUUAACACUUGAUCUCGUACUAAACGAAUAAUGAACUGAUUCAGGGUUUUCAGCACAGGAGGAGAAAAUUGGAAAUGAAAUGUACAUAAAGUGAACUUGGUUAAUUUUCAGAGGACUGUUACGCACAUUUGACUUUUUUUUUUUUUUUUUUAACGGUACACAUCAAUGGUGUAUGUAAUUGUCAGUAAUUUAUUCCGAAACAUGGUUGUGUAGCGUGUAUCAAAUUAACUUCAGAUCAUACAGGGAAUAAAAGUUGUCCACACUGGCCUGUA